AUGUCAGAGUCCGAGGGCUUUCCCGGACAUCUCUCGGCAGAUAGGCGCCUCUUCUUCGCGGCCCUAUUCGCCCACGGCUCCGCGCGAGUCUUGUCCAAAGUGGCCUCGGCACCGAUCGAGCGCGUGAAGGUCUGUCUGCAGGUGGGCACUGCUCCGACAAUCGCCUCCUUCCGGGAGCUUCGGGAGCAACCCGGGGCCAGGCUACUGCAGCACUUCCGCGACAUUCUCCAGAGGGAGGGCUAUCGCGGGCUCUGGCGUGGAGCGGGGACGCAUGUCACCGCCACUUGCUUGGGUGGAGUGGCUCGCCUGAGUGCUCUUCGCACCACUCAGAUGUGGGUUAUGCCGGGUGGUGACCGGCACUACCAGGGCCUUGAGGGCUACGUUCGCCGAUGUUCGUUUUUAUUUAUGUCGGGUGCGGGCGCGCUGACACUCGUGUACCCUCUGGAUGUCGCCUACACUUGCUUAGCAGCAGACACUGACAGCAGGCGACGCUUUCGGGGUGUUUUCCACUUCUUCCGAGAAGCCGCGCGCGAGCACGGGGUGCUGAGCCUUUACCGCGGCCUGCCGUUGGGACUCCUCACGGCCUUUCCGUUCCUCUGCAUCGCAACCGGCCUGCAUGAUCUUCUGGCCCCGUGGUUGAUGAAGCGCAUGGGUCACCGACCAAGCAUCGAUCACAACGCACCACAGCCGGGGGAUUUGUUCUGGCUGGUGCGGACGGGCGCACCAGCUCAUUUGUACCCCUGGAACUUAGUGGUCGGGGCCGCUUCGGGCCUCGUCGCUCAAACGGCCACGUAUCCCCUGGACACUUUGCGCCGAAGGUGGCAGCAAACAUGUGCUCGUCCGCGCUGCGAUGCGCCGGCAUCCCUGCGGGAGUGUGCCCGCAGCUUGUAUGCUGAGCGUCGACUUGCCGGCUUCUACGCUGGAGUUGGACUGAACUCCCUGAAGCUUCUACCAGAGAUCGUGGUGCUAAGCAGUGUGUACUUCUUGAUCAACGCCUCUGGAAACUUCUUGGCUUAG